AUGGCCUCCGGAUCUACCAGGAAGCCCGACGCCCUUGACAUCUCGCGCUCGUCGACCAUGGAGUCGCCCCCGGGCAUUGCGGCCUUGUUCGUCAUCCGUUUCGACAUUCGCACCGGCUAUGUGGUUUCGUGGAAGCGCACUGUACCCGGAGGUGAGCAAUCGAUUGAUCUAGCCGAGUUUGUCUCUCAUUCCGACGCGCGAACUGACUUCGGGAUAGUUGAGGUGGAAGGGGUGGUCGAAUACAAGUCGCUUCCUUCUGGCCUGCACAAUGUGACCGAGGAUCUAGUCUAUUUCGUCCAUGAGCAGUAUGCCGGGAUCAGCGCGUUCCUCAACCAGCCUGCCGAAGAGGCGGAGCGCAAUGCAAAUAUGUUCGCCAUCGGCGUGCUCGUGCCUCUUAGCUCGGGUAGACUGGGGAAGAGCUGGAGACAUGCCCCGAGACUCAAGGAACUGACGCUGAAAUACGCCGCGGAUAUGUCCGAUGAGCAGCCGCUGUGUGAUUACUGGGACGCCUUCCAGGUCGGAGGAGCCGACACCACUGACUCCCCUGUCGAGUCCCCCCUCAGCCUCCGCUUUCCUCAUGGCGAGCGGCCGGACAAUCGCAACCGCGCCUUCAGCGAUGCCAUGUUGUUGGGAACUUUCCGGCCGGCCCUGACGCCUUUCCACCCUGCCUCGUCGCUCCCUGAUUUUAUCGACAGCUGCGGUCCCUUGAUCUUCCCCCUGUACAGAGCGGCCUUGUUGCGCAAACGCAUUCUCUUCAUUGCCGAAGCCCCCGUGCACACUUCUUGCAACUAUGUAUAUGAUUUGUCUUUGUUAGCCUCUUUGCCGAACUCCCUUCUUCAAUUCCUCCCGUCCGAGCGUAUCCCGAGUCUCCGACCUCGCCCGCUCUUCAACGUCGGCAUCCACGAUAUUCCCUAUCUUGCUACCCUCGACCCAUCUCAAGCUCGACUAGACCCCGAAACGGACCCGAGCUGGAUCGCCUGCUCGACAGACAGUGUCCUGAGCCUGAAACCCGACCUCUAUGACGCGCUCGUGACCCUGCCUCCGCCCUACUCCCGCCAUGCGGCAGAACGCACCUUUCCCAAAAUCGCACUGAUGCACACCCCCGGCUCGAAGCCUAAUACCACCCAAACCGUUCACUUGAAAGCAACGCAGCGCGACGCCCGGCGCUACUACAUGCUGCGCAGAGGUCUCCGCAAAUUUUCACAAGACCGGGCAGCGUCCGAAUCGGACGACGAUUCCGACUCCGACUCAACCUACUCCUCCAGCCCCGUCGUCGAGCCGCUCUCCUGGACCCGCCUCGCCUACACCUCGUUCAUCUGGUGGGCCUCCGCAGGCGAGAACCGCGACGGCCUCUCCCAAGAAGAGGAGGAACACCAGAUCGAGCAAGACAGUCGCCUCCUGGCAAGCGUGGAGAGCCUCGCCUUCACCCCGACCAACAGCAUCGGUCGCCGCGGCGCUACAAACUCCGAUGACUCGGCGCAGCAACCGCCCGAAGUGGCUCUGGUAGCUUACUUCCGUCGCCUGACGACCCAGAUCUUCGUCACGCUCGCCGACGCCAUUGCACGAAACGAUAGUGGCGACGGACAAGAUAACCCAGAGGUCACCAAUGAGACACCAUCCUACUUCGACGACCCCGCCGGCGGCAACGACACAGACCUCUCCCUAUCCAUGUCCCGCCAGUCCCUGCCCACAGACGACGGCAACACGCCUCUCCUCCGCCAGCGCUCAAGCGCCCACCACCACUCCUCCCAGAAUGAUGUUCGAUCGACCCGUGCCGCCGACGCCGACUCCGCAGCGGACCCCGUCACGAUCACCAUUGCCGACAUGGCGGAGAUGGGUCUUGAUGUAUGGAGUGCAACAGACCGCAUCUUUGCUGAGGAGCUUGUUUCGCUCUGGUGGGGACGCCCCGCGCGGGUGGAUAGUGCGCGCAUCAGAUGUUGUGGUAUUUCUAUCUUGUAG